UUUUCUCCACUGCCCUACGUACAUACGGAUGUACUCGUAUAAUAUACCAACUGCCCUACGUCGCUGUACAUCAUCCUUAAUGAACUCUGUGGGUUUCCUUGCUGCACGCCGUCUACUUCAAUUGGAAAGGUACGAACAUGGAAUCGAGCAAAUAAUAGAUAUUAUUUGUAAAAGAUUAUGUCUUUGCGUAGGCCACCCCUUCCACGGCUUCUCCUUAACAAUGUAGGUUGCAUGAGAAAUGCACAACAAAUUCUUCGUCAUGUUAAUGUUACGCUCCAUGAUGGUGGGGCUCUUGUAUUGACGGGCACAAAUGGUUCUGGAAAAACCACCUUUCUGCGCAUGUUAGCCGGUUUCGCAAAACCAUCUGCUGGUGAGAUACUAUGGAAUGGUCAUGACAUCACCAGUUCGGGUGUCUUUGAGCAAUACAAACUUCAGCUCAACUGGCUUUCCCUGAAGGAUGCUGUGAAGGAGAAGUUCACGGUCCUAGACAAUGUUCAGUGGUUUGAAGUGCUUGAAGGGAAGCAGGGAAAGUCUUUGCCGGCUUUAGAAACUGUGGGGUUGGGGAGAUUGGCAAAUGAGAAGUCAAGAAUGCUCUCCAUGGGUCAAAGGAAAAGGUUACAGCUUGCUAGGUUGUUGGCAAUUGAUAGGCCAAUUUGGUUGCUUGAUGAGCCUUCGGUAGCAUUGGAUGAUGAUGGUGUGAAGAUACUGGAGUCCAUCAUAGCCGAUCACAGAAAGAAGGGCGGGAUUGUCAUUGUAGCCACACAUCUACCCAUUAAGAUUGAGGACGCUAUGCAUUUGAGGUUGCCUCCCAGGUUCCCGCGAAGAAUGACAUUGGUUGACAUGCUCGAUCGUGGUGGAUUGGACUGAUUCUACUCUUGUAGCUGUGGGAGCUGUUAUGGAAAGGAAGCUAUGCAACUUAUGUUUGAGAUGCCAGACUGACUAUAUUCCACAUUGAAGGCUAUGAAAACCUUGGUUUUUUCCAUUUUUUAUUGCACAGCAUAAAGUGGUAAGAAAAUUGCUUCCAGGAAGUCGGUGAUGACUUGAGGGGUAGUAGUUAGAUAUUUUUGUGGGUGAGUCCGUGUAUGGGGAGGAAAAACUAUUUUUUGUUCGAAAGUAUUCUAAUAUUUUAUCAUAAAUGUAGUACUUUUAUGGUCUCUCCGAACUCGUGCAUAUGAAUGUAUUUAUGUACUAUCAUUGGUAAGCCAAUCUCAGUAUUGAUCUCUAAUUUUAUCAAUUGAGCUUGUAGAACCCGUUUGGUUACUUUGUUUCUGGCUUAUCAGGCUUAUCAGCUAACC